UAACAACUUUUGCUAAGCUUUCUAGCUGAUCAAGUUCAAACGGUCUCGAAAGCGGGCUCCAAGCGAAGCAGAGUGGCAACGUAUCAGGAAAUAUUGGCAUCAGUUGUACAUUCGUGAGAACCUUCCCCUGUCGGAGGUAUCUGCGAGACUUGCACGAGAACACAACUUUGAAGCAGGAUUGUCCAUGUACAAAACCCGGAUGAAGCAGCUGGGGACAAGGAAGAACUUCAAAAAGGAGGAACUGGCCGCGGUUGCAGACAUUCUCGAAAUCUUUGUGCAGGCUGGGUUAAAAACACCGACAGCCAUUGUCAAUGGUCAACCUAUUCCGAUCCAACGUGUCAAACGAUAUGUCGGCUCCUUGUCUGCUAACAACCCAUUGAGAAACUCGACAAACAUCAGGUCUUCUCCAGGGAGGGCUUAUCUGCACACUCUGAAGAGUUUCCUGGAUCGGCACAAGCUGCCAAAUUGUGACCAUCCACGCCGACCAACGGCUAUGCCAAGGAUCUUCUUGAAGCAGUCUGAAGACAUGCACGACCUCGAGCUGGCGUUAGUUCAAGUGAACAAUUAUUACGGAUGGCGACUUCAGCAAAGUGACGACUACUUUCUGCCACAGAUGGCCAACACCGGACGUCAUGCCGACUCGGAUGUAGCGACUCCAGUCGUGUUCUUCGACACUACCUAUCACGUCUGCACUGCAUUCGAAAGUGGUGUGUUACAUAUCACUCAGAACGCAGUGAGAUCGCUGCACAAUCAUGCACCAUUGUUGCUCCAGCAGCAACGCCGAGAUCUCCCCGAACUGCUGCUAUAUCACUGGAUCCUAAAUUUUGGGGGCAAUAGUCAUCCAGCGAAACAGUGGAUAUACUCCUACCUCUUCAGUGUAGCCAAGAUCGUUCUUCAAGAAAGUCACCCCAUAUCGAUGAUUCUAAAAGUGAUACAAAGCCACGAGACACAACAAAUGUCAGCAUGGCUGCUGUUGAACUUGAUGCGAGACGUGACCCGGAGGCAAGAGGAGUGCGAUUCUAUGCUGGUCUUCGAAAUUGAAUUUGAUAUUGGCAGGGCCUUGACCGAGCACGAGGAUUUUCGUACAGCCUCCGAAUAUUGGCAUAGUUUGCUGCACCGAAACGUGGACGAAUUUGGCGAAGAGCACGAGUCCUGCAGAAGGGUAUUGUUCCAGAUUGGGUUUUUAAAUUAUGUUCACUAUUUCACCGACCAGGCAAGAAAGUUUUGGCAGCGAGUUUUGGAGCGAGAUGAUGCCUACAUCCAAGGCGGUGAGGAUAUAUCGGAAGGUACCUUGAAUGCUCUAGAGGGGCUUGCAAGGAUUUGUGAAGAGACACAAGACCUUUCUGGGGCAGAGGAGUGGUAUCUCAAAGCCUACAACGCUGCUUGUCAUGUAUAUGGCCCAGAGGACGCUGAAUCGUUACUCCGUUUACACGACCUUAAUCAAGUGCGGGCAAAAUUGAGAGAGGGGAGGGAGAUGGCUGCGGUCCAUUCUGUAGGCGAUAAAGACGUCUUCGAGGAGCUUGAAGUGGAGAUCGCGCGGCUGCAGUUAUUACAAGCAGGUGAAGAAUCUGGGAACCCCAAGUUACGCGCUGAACCGUGGAACGAGUGGGAAGAGGACGUUCCUGAUGAGGAGGACAACACCAACUCUCCGAAUCCCGGUCCGAUGGAGGUUGCUACAACUACCAGCAAGACGCUCGGUGAAGACGACCCUCAGAACCCGACCCAAGCUGAAUUCACAGACACUGGGGACAGCACAUCUCCUGACACGGCACUGAUUUGGGACAGCACAAACGACCAUGGAACCUGGACCGAGCAUGGUCCGUCAGCACACGCACAGUCCUUGGAAGGCCUUCAGCAGGGCGGGAUUUUUGAAGUAUUUGGAGAGGACGGAAUGGACUUUAUGUCGACUCCUUUGACUGAUGCGCACGGACUGGUCAACGAAGCCCAAGCAGCGUUCGUGCCCGAGAAAUCCGCUGAUCCGCUGUCACUGCCAACCAGUGGGCAAGAUUUAUCCGCUGCGUCGCCAUACAUUGGGACCCUCCCUAACCUCAACAACGACCCUGACUUUGAAGAGUUCGAUAAUGUUGGGAAUGCCGGCGACAACUUUGACGUUGACCCCAUGAUGCUCGAUUUUGACGGCGGCUUCAGCAUGUUCGAUCUUGACUUCUCUGAUGGUGUCGACCUGCAAGCAUUCCACGCCACUGAAGGCCAGGAUCUUCAUGGGGUGCAAGAUUUCUUUGCGUUUUGAAAUAGAGGGCGCCAACGAGCGUGGGAAUGGUUUCUGGGGACAUCGAACAGGAUCACGGCGUUUUGAGCGGAGUAAUUCGAGAGGACGGCGUCAAAAGAGAGUAUC